GAGCCUGGCGACGCGGCCAGUGGCAGGUGGCCUUGUUGACGGCCACGGCGGCGUAGCCCCGGAGCGAGCUUUACACGGGCGCCAGUGCCGCAGGAGGCGCGAGGUGACAAAGACGUUCAGAUGGCAGAAAACAGUCUUUCAGAUGGAAGCCCUGCAGAUUCUGUGGAAGCUGCUAAAAAUGCCAGUAGUACAGAAAAGCUCACAGACCAGGUGAUGCAGAACCCACAAGUGCUGGCAGCUUUGCAGGAACGUCUCGACAAUGUCUCUCACACUCCUUCUAGCUACAUAGAAACUUUACCCAAAGCCGUCAAAAGGAGAAUUAAUGCUCUGAAGCAGCUCCAGGUGAGGUGUGCGCACAUAGAAGCCAAGUUCUACGAGGAAGUUCAUGACCUGGAGAGGAAGUAUGCAGCCUUGUACCAACCUCUCUUUGACAAGAGAAGAGAAUUCAUCACUGGUGACGUGGAGCCCACGGAUGCAGAAUCAGCGUGGCACAGUGAGAACGAGGAAGAAGACAAGUUGGCUGGAGAUAUGAAGAAUAAAGUAGUUAUAGCUGAGAAAGAAGCAGCAACAGCAGAAGAGCUGACCCCCAAAGGCAUCCCUGAGUUCUGGUUCACCAUCUUCAGAAACGUAGAUAUGCUUAGUGAGCUGGUGCAGGAAUAUGAUGAACCAAUCUUGAAACAUCUGCAAGAUAUUAAAGUCAAGUUUUCAGACCCUGGACAACCUAUGUCUUUUGUGCUAGAGUUUCACUUUGAACCCAACGACUACUUCACCAAUCCUGUCCUGACGAAAACAUACAAGAUGAAAUCAGAACCAGACAAGGCUGACCCGUUUUCUUUUGAAGGUCCUGAAAUUGUGGACUGUGAUGGGUGUACGAUUGACUGGAAGAAGGGAAAAAAUGUCACAGUCAAAACCAUCAAGAAAAAGCAGAAGCACAAGGGCCGGGGCACCGUGCGAACCAUCACCAAGCAAGUGCCCAAUGAGUCCUUCUUCAACUUCUUCAGCCCCCUGAAAGCCUCUGGAGAUGGAGAAUCUCUGGAUGAAGAUUCCGAGUUCACCUUAGCCUCUGACUUUGAAAUUGGGCACUUUUUCCGUGAGCGAAUCGUGCCACGGGCUGUCCUCUACUUCACUGGGGAAGCCAUAGAGGACGAUGACAAUUUUGAAGAAGGCGAGGAGGGAGAAGAGGAGGAAUUGGAAGGAGAUGAGGAGGGAGAAGAGGAAGAUGAUGCUGAGGUUAACCCCAAGAAAGAACCCAGCCAGCCAGCGGAGUGCAAGCAGCAGUAAGAAGCAGCGACCCUGAGGGGCCAUCUUGUGGACGGAUGUCAGGACCCCAGGCCGCAGGCAGGGUCCUCAGUCCCUGCCAAAGCAGAAUUUUGUUGACAGUGCUGUGACAUCUAACCAUUUCCAAGUGCAUGAUUCCUCUCCCCAUUCCCUUCUUACUUUGCUUAACUUGUACAAUGGAGACUAGGCUGCAGUUCAGAAUAGGAGAUUUAGUUGUAGCACCUGCAGCCUUGGUGCCUGAAGACCAUGUAGGGUGGGCUGGGAUUGUGCCU